CGCAUGCGCACAGUACAAAUCUAUCGUCAUUACUGUGCGACGACGACGGCUAACGUUUUAGAGAUGGCGAGCGGUAAAAAGACUGCUCUAAUUUCAUCUUUGGCAAAUUAUGAUACCGACUCAGAAGGAGAGGAAGGAGAUGAGGAACACGCCGGAUUAGUGCCAUACUAUGAUGACAUCAGCAAAAUCGAAGACGAAGACGAGGUGGCAUCAGCACACGAGGAGAGCGAGGACAGUUCCAGAAAUUCGGAAGAGGAGGAGUCGGACACAGGGGGCGAUGCAGAUGACAGUAAGGAAAUCUUAGAGGUGGAGAAGAGGGACCCGAAUGAACUUGUAGCCCUCUUCUCUGAGAAGGUGCGGAACAUGUCUCCCGAUGACAUCAGAAUUCCCCCGGAACCACAAGGACGCUGUUCCAGUCAGCUACAGGAGAAGAUCCAGAAGCUGUAUGAGCGGAAGCAGCAUGGAGCCUUUGACACCAACAGCCACAUCCAGAAGAAGAAAGAGUUCCGGAACCCAAGUAUUUAUGAGAAACUUAUCCAGUUCUGCGGCAUCGAUGAACUUGGAACGAACUAUCCAAAGGACAUGUUUGAUCCCCAUGGCUGGUCUGAGGACUCUUAUUAUGAAGCACUGGCCAAAGCCCAGAAGAUCGAGAUGGACAAACUGGAGAAGGCCAAGAAGGAGCGUACCAAGAUUGAGUUUGUGACGGGGACCAAGAAAGGCACCGCCGCCAACGCCGCUUCCUCCGCAUCCAGCGCGGCCACAGCCACAGCUACAGCAGAAGCCCAAAAGAGGAAGAGUAAGUGGGACUCUGCGGUGCCCGUCACGUUGGCACAGCCCGCCCUCCUCACCACCACUGCCACCCUGCCCGGCGUCGUCUCGGUAACCACCACCGCCAGCGGCACCAAGACCACUGUCAUCUCCGCCGUGGGCACCAUCCUCAAGAAGUCCAAGCAGUGAUCGCCAUGCCAACCAGGCAACCAAUGAAAAUGAGGGAGGGAGGGAGUGCGUGUGUGGAUAUUUGUGUGUGGGAGUGUGUGUGUGUGUGUGUGUGUGUGUGUGGGAGUGUGUGUGUGUAUUGGUUGAGGUCUUUGAUGUUCUGUAACUGUGAUCAUGUCAUAGACCUUGUCUGACCUAAAGAUGAAACUGAAUCCAACCCAAGAUGACCAUCGGCCUUUUUUUUUUUUUUUUUUUUUAUUUUGUCCACUUAUAUAUGUGUAGGGUUGUGCGUAAAGGUGACCGGCAGUCUCUCUCUCUCUGUCUGUUUUAAGUGAUAGCAUUUCCCUCUAUCCUGUGAUGGAAUUCUCAGACCACUGACUAAUGCCGUUAGCAUCAUUAGCAUCAUUAGCAUAGCUGACCCCAGCUCAACGUCCCUAGAGAACGGACCAGUCUACUGUGAUCGAGAGGGACUCUGCUUCUUCUUUUACAUGUCUGUGUUGUGGGAUGGGCUUACGCAGAAAAUGCACACAUAAAACUAUGGCUAUCAUUUGCUUUUUCUUAGGUUGUUUUUUGUUUUAGUUUUUUUGUUUUGUUUUGUUUUGUUUUUCACAUAUUUUCAUUUCACCUGUUAGACUUGUACCCUUUGUCCAAGAAGCUGUGUCUGCCUGCGUAUUUAAAAGUAGUUUGUUUUCUGUGAAAAUGGAGACUGGGGGUAGUUUUGCAGUGGACUUCCUCUGUGUGGAGCAGUGGGUCAUCAGGCUUCAACCACAAUUAUGGAAACCAGCUCUGUCCGCGUCGGAGGAAUUUAGCAGCCUGAAUGACAAACGCUCUGUUUUCUUUUCUGUCAGGUCUCAUCGAGAAUCUCAUUUUAAUGGUCUACUCACUGAAAGGUUGUGCAAAUAUUUUUUUCUACAAAUGUACAGAGCAAUCUGCAGAUGCCAGCAAGGAAAAUUAAACGUUCAUGCCUUCUUUAUACCCAA